UCUUGCAGAUAGGGUUUUGUUUUGUCAUGUAUCCCGGGGUUGAGUAGUAUCAUAUAUUCCAACCUCCUUUUAACUUUUGUCUUAUUGAUCUUGUUUUGCUUGGGUGACAUGAAGUCACGUGAAUGCCUCUCAGGCCUCUUCUUGCCCCCACUCUUGGCCCCUGCUUUAAUUUCCGCACUCCUUUAUAAGACCCUUUAACACUAUUGAUUAGGCCCCCUAUGCCAUUAUCCCAUUUAUAGUUCAUGCCUUGGUCUUCUAAUCCACUUGUCAACACACCUACAAUUCUUUGAUCUCUUCUCUUUGCCAAUGACACCAGUCUAUCUGAACCCACCGGCCCCUUCCUUUCCCCUUGUGGAGGUAAAACAGGAGCAACAUCUCCAGCUUUUUCUUUCACCCCAACAACCUGCUGCUUCUUCUCUGUCUGCUGAUCAUCCUACUACUUUCUUCAACACCAUUACUCAAGAUCAAAGCGUAGCAGCAGUGACUAAACCUGAAGACUCAAAACCCUAUGAUCACAAGGUCAAUAAGUUCAUGACUCGUGAGGGAUCAAGUGAACGACAACCAAGCUCAUUGAUAUCUUCACUUGAAUAUUCUGGGGUGGAUAUUCAUAGCGCAGCCAAUGGCCAUGAUUUAUCCUUUAGUAGAAAAGAGGGUGGGGAUUAUGAAAGUGCAAGUAAUAAUAAUGCAUCAUCAUCGGUAAAAUGGAUGUCUUCCAAGAUGAGGCUAAUGAAAAAGAUGAUGAACUCCAAUUGCAGUAAUGGAUCAGGAGAUAAUAAACCAGUGAAUAAGUUUCAAUAUCCGAUUCAUGAUAGCGAUAAUAAAUCCAAUUCUUUAAGUAAAACCAAUAACUCCAUUAGAGUCUGCUCCGACUGCAACACAACCACAACACCUCUUUGGAGAAGUGGCCCUCGAGGUCCCAAGUCUCUCUGCAAUGCUUGUGGGAUUCGGCAAAGGAAGGCAAGACGAGCCAUGGAAGCGGCGGCGGCUGUAAAUGGUGCAGCUGUUCCGACAGAUGCAACAUCUAUGAAGAUUAAGGUACACAUCAACAGGGAAAAGAAAUCACGUACGAGCCAUGUUAGGCAAUACAAGAAACAUCAGUUCAAGGAUCCUUCGGAUUAUAAUUCAAGCCACAAGAAGCUUUGCUUCAAAGAGUUGGCAUUAAGUUUGAGCAAGAAUUCAACUUUGCAGCCUGUGUUUCCUCAGGAUGUGGAAGAUGCUGCAAUCCUCCUAAUGGAACUAUCUUGUGGCCUUCUUCACAGUUGAUUUUUUUUUCCCCAAAUAAAUUUUGUUGCUUUUAUGUAGGAAUUAUUGGUAGUAGUUUGUUUGUGUGUGUGUGUGUGUGUGUGACCAAGGGAGAGAAAUUAAGGAGUGACCCUCUAUAUGUAGCCAAACCAAAUAAAUAAUUCCAGCUCAUCUAGAAAUAAU